AUGGGUAUACUUUGGUGGAGCUCUAGCGCAAAACCUAAAACUGGUAACUCCGAUAGCCUCAACCAAGACAGUGAGCCAUUACCAAGCGAUCUUGCGAAUUAUUUAGAAUCCAAGGACUCAGAGCUGAGUAACAGAGAAUUCAAAUCUUUACUUCGUAGACAGUCAGACAAUGCCAAGAUUUCUAAGGAGCUAGAAAAAGAGGAUGAAUCACAGUCACAGGAUUUUCUUUCCAUGGUUUCAGCACCUGCACAAUCUGAAAAAGAAGCUGAAAAGAAAAUCGAAGAGAUACGGUUGCCUACGCCAAUAUCAACUAGUCUGAAUAUGAAAACCCCAAUGGAUUAUACCAAUUACGAACUGGAGAAAUACAAACGUGAGAACGACGAGAAGGAAUGCGUGCUCAUAAACUGCUCAGAGAUUCAACACGCCUUCUUUGAAUGUCUUGGGACACAAAGUGUUUGGGAUAAAAUUGGAGCCGCUACUAGCGUAGAUGGAGAUCAAUGCAAUAAACUGGCUGAUUUUUUCAUGGCAUGUACCAAAAUUCAGAAGAAUGCCUUUAUAAUGUUUGAUUAUUCUACCCUUUCUACUAUUGAAGAGAUGAAAAAUGCAAGCAAGGGAAUCGAUGAAGUAUUCACCAGAAACUUCCAAAGUCUUGACGAUGUACAAGAUAAAGAGAAGUUUCUCAGGUAUACCAAGGAAUUAAGAGAUAAAAGGGAAGAAUUCUAUCAAAGGUUCGGUAAAUAG